GGGUUAGUCUAAGCCUGCUACUCUAAGGAAAUUCUCGUGCCUCCAAUCCGGGAAUUGGAAUUGAGUAGACCUGCGAUCCACGACCAUUCUUUCCACAACCAUCAGCCCUUGAUCGCAAUCAGUCACAAUGGCGAUCAAGCAUAACAACCAGAUUCAGCACAACCAUUUCCGAAAGGAUUGGCAGCGACGGGUUCGGACUCACUUCAACCAGCCCACCCAAAAGAUCCGCCGUCGCUCUGUCCGUGCUGCGAAGGCCGCUGCUGUCGCUCCCCGACCCGUUGACAAGCUGAGACCCGUGGUCCGAUGCCCUACUAUCAAGUACAACCGCCGCGUUCGUGCUGGACGUGGUUUCACUCUCACUGAGUUGAAGGAAGCCGGUAUCCCCCGUCUCGUUGCCCCUACCAUCGGUAUCGCCGUCGAUCACCGCCGCCAGAACCUCAGCGAAGAGUCCCUCGCCGCUAAUGUCGCCCGCCUGAAGGCCUACAAGGCCCGAUUGAUCGUUUUCCCCCGCAAGGGUGCCAAGCACCCCAAGGCCGGUGACAGCAAGGACAUCGACCUUAGCAACACCCAGACCGUUUCGACCGUCGGAUCUACCCUCCCCAUCGUUCCCGUCGGCGAGGGUAUCUCAGAGAUCAAGAAGAGCGAGCUACCCAAGCCUAUCGAGGGUGGUGCCUACGCGAAGCUCCGCAAGGCCCGAAGUGACGCCCGACUACAAGGCGCGCGGGAGAAGCGAGCUCGGGACAAGGCCGAGGCGGAGGCUAACAAGAAAUAAGAUGGGGGCUGAACUCAGACAGGGUCUGCACGGGAGUACGGACGGCAUUAUCAGGGUUCUGCUUUCGUUGUGUUGUUGGUCGGUCAUGGUGGGUUGGCUUGCGGUUUCUGUGUAGCCAUGAGGGAAAAGAUAUCAACCUUCUCUCGCCACACAAAAAGACUGAAGCCAUUAUUGCAUCUUCCGGUUUGCUCUAGGUCUUUCUCAAUGAAAAAUGAAUGGACAUGAUCUACGUCUUCUUUGAAG